UUAUUAUCAAUAAUUCCAUAUAUUGUUUUACGAACAAAAUAUUUAAUGAUUCCAAAAUUGAAAAUUCUGAAGAACCAGGUUAACCAAUUUAAGCCAGACGCCUCUAGAAAGUCUACCGAAGACAAAAAAAAAAAAAACAAAAAACAAAAAAGGAUCUGGGUAAUGGAGGUGCGACUCUGAUAAUCAAUCUAUUCUCCCACCUUAAAAAUGGCAUUUCUGCUGAGUUCGGCGGCAGUAACCAAGACAGCCAUAGCAGCCUCUGCAAUUCUUCCUUCUACUGCUUUCACUCUCUUCUCUUCCCCAAAUACUAAAACCUCCAAACCUGCUUUCAUUUCCUCUUCUUCUUCCUCCUCCUCUUUUGCAUUCUCUCCACCUCGUUUUGGCCUUUUCAAUCACUGGAAGCAACCUCUCACUGCCGUCACCAUGGACGCACCCACCUCCGAUCACAACCAACCCACCUCUCAGGACAAUGGCGACUUGCUGCCUGACCUUCUUACGGAAUUCAUGGUGGAUAUGAGCUGUGAAGGGUGUGUCAAGUCAGUGAAGAACAAAUUGCAGACUGUGAAAGGUGUAAAGAAUGUGGAAGUGGAUUUGAGUAAUCAAGUGGUUAGGGUUCUUGGCUCUUCAUCUGUGAAAGAGAUGACUGAAGCUUUGAAGCAAACCGGUCGAAAUGCCCGACUGAUUGGCCAGGGAGUGCCUGAAGACUUUUUGGUGUCUGCUGCUGUUGCUGAGUUCAAAGGCCCAGAUAUCUUUGGAGUGGUUCGCUUUGCACAAGUGAAUAUGGAAUUAGCUAGGAUUGAAGCCAACCUCAGUGGGUUGUUACCUGGAAAACACGGGUGGUCUAUCAACGAGUUUGGUGACCUCACAAAUGGUGCAGCCAGCACAGGAAAGGUGUUUAAUCCUCCAAAUGAGAGCUCUGAAAACGAGCCACUUGGUGACCUGAGAACAUUAGAAGCCGAUAAGGAGGGGGAUGCCUUCUUCUCUGGUGUCAAACAAAAGCUACGAAUUGUUUAUCUGAUUGGCAGAUCAGUAGCAGUGUACGAAACUGAAGACAAAUCAGAUGCGGGUUUGACAGCAGCUGUCAUUGCUAGAAGUGCUGGAGUUCGAGAGAACUAUAAAAAGAUAUGCACUUGUGAUGGAACGACCAUUUGGGAAUCUAGUGAUAAAGAUUUUGUGGCGAGCAAAGUCUAAUGAAAAUGUCGUCACACAGCUCGUGUUGUAUGAUCCUCUACGAUAUCGGUGACACGAUUUGUACAAUAGAGGCCUAUCUAAGAUUGCCAACUACAGCUCUAUAAUGAACCAUUGAUUGUCCUCAUUUGGUGUAUGAACUAUGAUGGUCGUUGAGUAUAUUCAAAAUCAAACAAUGAAAUCUUAAAAUGUAU